CUUCCUCCCUCUUUCCUCAUCUCCCCUCUCAAAUUCCUAUAUAUCCUCAUUCCCUCACUAUUCCAUAACCUUAAUUCCUUAACCCUCUCAUCACCAAAAAUCCAAUCCAAGGCUAACUUGCUAGCAAGCUCUUAAUCAUGGAGAUGAAAGUAGCAAUUCCUGUGCCUCCGGCAGACUUCAACUUCGACAGCGCCUGCUCCUCCCCAUACUUGACAGCCCCGUCGAGCCCCACCCGGUUCGGCCACUACUACUUCAGCGCACCCACCAGCCCCAACCGGUCUUCCUCCUUCUACCGCCAGUUCAAUGACUUCGACUACAAUCAUAGUUCUAAUAGUACUAAAUACUCCCCUGCCACUAUCCCUUUCAAGUGGGAAGAAAAGCCGGGGAUUCCAAAGUCCCGGGCUACAAUCAACGGCGAGGAUGUUGAAGAUUUCGAGUUCAAUUUCAGUGGCCAACUGGAAAGAGCUUCUUUGCCAGCGGACGAGCUCUUUGACGGAGGGAAGAUCAAGCCUCUGAAGCCUCCUCCUCGGCUACACGUCAACACUAACAGAAAUCAGGAUCCGGGAUCGUCUUCCGGUUUAUCUCCAAGGUCGCCGUCGCCGAGAUCGUCUAGAGUACUAUGCCAAGGUAAGCGAAUUGUCCAAGACGUUUUGUCUCCACGUCAUCAUCACAGAAAAAUGGAUUCCGAUCCUUUCACGGCGGCCCUGGAAGAAACUAGGAAAGAUUGUUACAGAGAUGAAUAUGACUACGCAGAAGAAGAGUUUCAGAAUCGACGUGGAAGGGAAAGAAUGUCGAGAAUGCCUUCGAGACACGUCAACUCUUCAAUCAGAAAAGGAACCAGGUCUUUGUCUCCAUUGAGGAUUCCGGACAUCAUGUUCGAUGACGUCGCAUCACCUGCUCCGACGACGAGUGCCUCUAAUAGCUCUAUCAAGCCGGCCACUCCUUCAUCUGUUUCUGCGGCUUACAAUUCGUUAUUGUCAGCGAUUUCGUUUUCGAAAGCGAACAAGAAAUGGAAGCUGAAGGAUCUCUUGUUGUUCCGGAGCGCAUCGGAAGGUAGAGCCACGACGGGGAAGGAUCCUCUAAGGAAGUAUUCGCUUUUGUCGACAAAGAAGAGUAUGUCGGAAGAUGUGAAGAAUUCUAGCUUCCGGUCGACGGACAGUGUCGGUUCGGUUAGCUCAAGGAGGAGAGGACCUGUUUCGCCGCACGAGCUACAUUACACGGUGAACCGGGCGGUGACGGAGGAGAUGAGAAGGAAGACCGUGUUGCCCUACAAACAUGGGCUCUUAGGUUGCUUGGGGUUCAACCAUGGCGUGCAUGAAAUUUCCAGAGGUGCUUUCGGGUCAUUGGCACGUGGCUGAUGGGAUCGAUCUCGGCUGUAAAUAGCUUUUUUCGUUCAAUUUUACUGUCGAAUCUCUUUGAUCGGAUAUAAAAUUACGUUUGGGUUUUUGGUUCCAAUACAUA